AUGGGUGCAAAGGUUAGCAGAAAUACUCGAAGUGUUAAAGCAGCCGCAAAACUACACGAACACGAACCUGCUGCGUGUAAAGAUUGCAAGACACCGUACCCAACUGCAGAGCAUUGGUGCAAAGUAUGCAAUGGAAGACGCUUUACUACGCAGUUUAAGGAGUGGACAAGUGGGAACGAAGACAUUGAUACUUUCAUUCAGGAAGCACAGACUUCCGCCACAGAACCUGGGAAAAUCUUGGAAUGGAUAUCAUUCGAAAAGUUCGAAGACGUUGAGAAGAAAGGAAGGGGUGGGUUUGGUACUGUGUAUCGAGCUAAAUGGAAGGAGGGCUAUAUAAGCGAUUGGGAUCCUGUUCGGAAACAAUGGGAUAGGUCCGGAGGGAUGGAUGUCGUGCUCAAAUCCUUGGACAAUUCCGAAGAUAUUUCACUUGCCUUUCUUAAAGAGCUCAGAGGAUAUGUGUCUUUGGGAAAACACAGAACAUCUAUAGUGAAAAGUUCAGAAAUUAGCGACGAUGCGCAAAGGCAUAUUCUCCCAUGUUAUGGAUUUACAAAGCAUCCAACUUCUCGUAAUUUCAUGUUGGUUGUUGAAUAUGCUACCGACGGCAAUCUACGGGAUUAUCUACAUGUAAACUAUGAUAACACACCCUGGAGAUAUCGUUUGUCGAUACUCUGGACGCUGGCCGAGGGUUUGAGAAUAAUUCAUAACAACAACUUGGUACAUAGAGAUUUUCAUUCGGGAAAUGUGUUGCAGCAAGGAUUAUAUUCUAGAAUCGCUGAUGUAGGUUUGGCUCGAUUACCGAACGGUGCGCCGUUACCCUCUAAUGCAGGUCCGCUUGGUGUUAUGCCAUAUCUAGCACCCGAAAUACUUCGUCAUGGAUCAUAUUCCAAAGAAGGAGAUAUAUUCGCUUAUGGAAUGAUAAUAGCUGCUGAAGAGUUUAGAAGGAAGACGUUAUUGUUUCAGAAAGAGCCUGCUCAUCUGUCAAUGAAUAUCCAUCCAGAUGCUGUAUAUGUUAGCAGAUUAUUGCCAAAUAUCAGCAAUUAUUCUGACAAGGAUAUUAAGGCGUAUGGAGAGAGAAGAAAGCAGCAGGCGGCAGAUGAGAGUUAA